AACGCGACGUGCUCACACCGAAAACUAGAACUCCCCUCUGAUAAGACAGCUCCAAGUUAUUUUGACCUCAAACGGAGAAAGAUAAGACAUUCUUGGUGACUCUGACGCCGUUUCCCCAACUGAUAACCGGAAUGUUAGUACAUCACUUUGUGUGCUAAUAGCUGUUUGGACAUAUUGAUAAGAUUAACCGAGUUGCGACACGUUUACGGUGAACAUGACUGCCAACGGGAACGGAACUGCCCAGGUCUUGGGUGCCGGCAUUGAGAUCGUGGCCCAGCAGAAGCUCCAGCCGGAAUCCAAGAUUUACGAGCGCGUGCAACAAUUGAGCGCCUUUUUCAAAGAGCAAUUUGGAGCGGAUCCAGAGUUUAUCGUUCGCGUGCCAGGAAGGGUCAACAUCAUUGGCGAGCAUGUGGACUACUGCGGCUAUUCGGUGCUACCCAUGGCUGUAAGUCAGAGCAUUUUCCUGGCAGUGGCCAAGAAUCCGAGUGACAGCCAACUUCAGCUUAGAAAUCUCGAGGCAGCUAAGUUUACGGGCUACGAUGCGGAUCUCAAAACGCUCAGAAUCGAGCUUCCGAAAAGUGGUGGACCCGCUUGGUACAACUACUUCUUGUGCGGCAUCAAAGGAAUACAGGAGAGUCUAGGCAGCCAGUGGAAGCCCAUAGGAAUGCGCAUUGCUGUGGACGGCAAUGUGCCCUUGGCGGCAGGACUCUCCAGUUCGAGUGCCAUGGUCAGCUCCGCAGUGUUGGCCACCGCCCACGUCCAGGGCAAGAAACUAGAUCGCAGGGAGCUGGCUUCCAUUUCGGCCAUGUGUGAGCAGUAUAUUGGCACGCACAGUGGUGGCAUGGAUCAGGCAAUAGCCUAUUUGGGCAGAGUUGGCUGCGCCCAUCACAUCGAGUUCCAUCCCAAGCUGAAGGGCACUCCGGUGACCUUGCCAGCGGGCAAGUGCUUCGUUGUGGCCAACAGUCUGGCUCAAAAGAACAAGGCUGCUUCGUCGGACUACAAUGAACGAGUGGUGGAAUGCCGACUGGCCACUAGAUGGCUGGCCAAGCGCAAGGGUUUGAUCAACUGGGAGGACAUUGUGCGCUUCAUCGAUCUGGAGGAGGCGUGCCAAAUGGAUAACGCGACUUUCGAGAAGUUGAUUAAGGACAACUUAACGAAGAGCAACUACACGCGAGCGGAUAUCUGCAAAGAGCUGGGAGUCACCGAGCAGGAACUGGAAACAAAGUUCCUAUCCGCCAACACUCGGCACAUGGAGCAGUUCAAGCUGCGUCAACGUGCUCUGCAUGUUAUUCAGGAAUCCGGUCGCGUGGCCAAAUUCCGGAAAAUUUGUGAGGAACUGGCCGGCGGAGCCAACAAGGAAGGUGCAAAACAGCUGGGUGAACUUAUGCGGCAAUCCCACGAGAGCUUGAGGGAGCUAUACGAAUGUUCUCAUCCGGAUGUGGAGCGCCUAAUUGCCAUAUCAAACCAGCAGAACGUUAGCGCGCGAGUCACAGGAGCUGGUUGGGGCGGUUGUAUAGUGGCCAUGUGCGAUUCCGUACAAGCAGCUGAUGAGUACAUAAAGGCUUUAAAGCGCGAUUACUACGCUCAAUUGCCAAGCCAUCUCCUGGAGCGUCAUCAGCCCAACAACUUCAGCGAAGUGGUCUUUGCCACACUCCCAGGAAACGGAGCCGAGUUGUAUAUACAAUGAACGCUUCUCUAGCAUUUUAAUCCAACUUUUAUACCAAAAUCACCCUAUCAGUCACUAUUAUCCAACGGUCAUUUAUAGAAAAAACAUUUAAUAUGUAUAGUACUAUGUACAAUAUAUUAACAAUUUACGAGCUAAAAUACAACAAGGCACGUGGGGAACGGAA